UCUAAUAUUUAUUUUAUUUCUACGGAGUCCGCAAAACGUCUGUGUUGUCGUAAAACUGUCGUAAAGAGUUCUUGCUGUAGGUGUGCGUUUCCGAAACAGUCAACGGCACGUCCUUGUGAGAAUGAGCGCAAACUAGCAAUCAAGUGGUCGAAAGCAAGAGAAGAGAUGGCUUCACCUUUUGCGAGGUUUUCUGUGUUUAUUCACAAGUAUCGGACACCUCUGCUCCUUGUCGGCUGUGGAGGGGUAUUUUCUGCCAACAUUUUCUAUCACGUUUUUCCAGAAUACACGUAUAGAAAAGUGUACCAGGCCUGGCACAAAGGACAACCAGCCAGUCUGUCUGACAAGCUUGAGAACGUCUUCCAAGAGGUGCUCAAAGAUUCUGCUGUCAGCUUCCCUAAACAUUUCACUGCUUUUGCCGCCUUCGGCUUUCACCCGGUAGGGGCUGGCGCUCCAUGGCUUCCCUCUGGAGCACAGAUUGGCAUCCCGGCCAACUUCAACAGCACCUCCGAUGAUCCCUCGGGCAUCACCAACCGCACUAUUCUCAUCAAUGGCGAAGAGCUGGAGUGGGACAGUGAUUCAGGCUCGGCUCUGAAAAACUCCCUGGUGUUCUCUCGGGAGGCACAGAAGUUUGCUCUAGCCAGAGAAGUGGCCCGACUGGGAGCUGGGGGCCCCGUGUUGCACGCCGCGGUUGCUCCAGCAUGUCUGGCAGGGGCUUGUCUGUAUAGCGUAGCCCUCAAGCAGAUCUUUGGGCUCCAGGUCGGGUCCAUCUUCUUCAGGGCUGGGGUUAAUGUGUUUGCUGUGGGUUUAGGGAUCGUGUCUUAUUUCCUGGCUUCUGAUGCUCUGAGUCAUUGGUUGGACUACAGCUCGGACCACCGUGCAGCGUGUCUGUCGAGCAAUUAUGCAAAGGGUGGUUUGGAGUUCUACGACAAGAUGUUAACACGCAACAAGACCCUGCGUUCUCUAAUGGGCACAAAGGGGGAAGAGAUGUACAGCCCCAGCGGAAACUUGUUUCCUGGACAUCUGCUGCAGCUCAGACAUGCCCCUUACACAUCUAGACGGGAUAGGAUUUCUAAUCUUCUCAAAAACGAGAAAGUGUCUGAUCAUAUUUAAAAACGUUUUUAGUUUCUACACUGUGAAAAUCAUGCUGCGUUUGUAUGUGGACAGUGCUUUUGAAGUGAUACAACAGAUAACUUGUCUUCCCUUUCUCACAAAUAAACAAAUUAACUUAA